AUCAAUUACAGAUGAGGGACGAAGACGCUUAACCUACCAGAUUCAGAAGUAUACUAAUCAGCAACUAGCGUCAUGAAACUAAUCCUUCUCAACCUGCUAGUCUAAUCAAGCAUACGUUUCCAUCUAACAGGGUUAAUUAUUUCAGAUACGGCGUAGGAGUUAGGACAACUAUUGUAGGAGUAUAUGUUUGAUCAUCCUUUUCAGCAGUUAGGACAACUCGAUAUGACCAUACUAUUAUCUUGCUGUGUGACGAUGUGCACUUCUCUCCGGUGAAUCCCUCCGCAUAUUGUCUCUCUCCUCUCCUCUCCUCCCCGCCAUAGGAUUUCUUAGUCGCCGGCUCGCCGCCACCGUGCCGCCCUUCGGGGACGUCAGGGCCAAAACGACCAGUAGCUGGCUAGCUGCCGCAGCUAAGCUGCGGAAGGCCGCCCCUCUCCAUCGAUCUGACUAGCACACCGGCGAUUGGCCCGGCGCCGGCGGUGGCGGACAGGUGGUGGUAGUACUGCGGGGCCGUCAGCACCUUCACGCCCUUCCCGGCAGAGAACCACCGCCGGGAGACGUUCUCCGCACCGCCGGCCUGGAGUAUUCUUGCGCCCAGCGGCAGAUUGCCUCUGUUUGACUGAUUUGCCCAGCGACACCUACCAGCCUGAAUCGGGGCAGAUUAUUGUCUCUUCUUCGGUUAAAAUGGAAGCAGUGGCACCUUGCGGUGGUUGGUGCGGAGCUGCUAUCAACACGAUCAUAACUCCAUUCUAUAAUCGUUUUGCAAAACAUGUAUUAUAUUGCUUCACCGCUGGCACAAGCGUGAGGGAGCACAGGAUAAAAACUGAGGAUUUGAUACGCAAACGGGCAGGGGUCCAAGAGACGUUUCGAGCUAACGGGAAUUCCUUGGACGCCGUGCUAAGAGAACAGACAAGAUUAUGGCUGGAAUCAACGGAUAGAGUUGUAUCUAAUGAAGCGGCAAACCGUCUGCGGUACACUCAGAGGUACCGAUUGUGUGGGUGCUGCUCCCCAAAUUGCUCGGGAAACUAUAAGAUCAGUAAGCGAGCGGUUGAGGAACUGGAAGAGGUGAAAUCACUUCUUGGUAGUGUACCAGAUGAUAAUAAUAUCACACGUGCGCCAGAUGCAUGUCCUGUCGAGCGUAUGCUUGUAGAUCCUGCUCCAAUACCGCCAAGCAGAGAGGUUAUUCUUGAGGAUGCUCUCCGGUUCAUUAAGAGCAAUGAUCCCAAUGAGCGGAUAGUUGGAAUGUGGGGUCCAGACAAAGAUGAUAACACAAAUCUCCUCAAGAAGAUCAACAAUUCAUUUCUUGAACAAAAUCUCUUCGAUUUUGUUAUCUUUGUUCCAAGCCCUAGUGAUUGCUCGGUAACAAAUAUUCAAUCUGAAAUCAUAAGCAGGCUCGGUAUGAAGCAGGAUGGUAAUGUGGCAACUCGAGCCACCAGGAUACGUGAACAGCUCGAGAACAAAAAUUUCCUACUGAUUGUGGAUGACCUCUGUCAGAAUCUGGACCUUCGAGCGGUUGGCGUUCCAUAUCCUCUUGGAUUCGUGGGAGAGAAGAAGAGGAAAAUGGUAAUCAUGUCACUAUCAGGAUACAGAUCCGUAGGUAAUCUGAUGGGUGUGGACAAAGAUAUUGAACUGCCUAUUUUGCAAGAGGAGGAAGCGCGCGAGCUAUUUAGACAUUCAAUAAAUUACCAAGGGGAUCUUUAUUCUAAUCCCAACAUCGGGCCACAUGCUACUAAUCUGGUACGGGCAAUAAAUGGGCUGCCAUCGGAACUGGUACGUUAUGGGAAGGCAAUGCAUCGAAUAAUGGAUGCAAGGUCCUGGAAAGGUGCUAUAGAUGAUGCAGCAAGUAAAUUUUCUAGGUCACGUUCGAUAGAAGAAACUCUCCGUCUCAUUGAGGAUGAUCCCAUCUUGGGUGUAAUUGGAAUCUGGGGUCCAGGUGGAGUGGGAAAAACACAUCUUCUGAAAAAAAUCAAAGGCUUUUUCAGAGGAAGGAUGACUGUUAUAUGGGUGACAGCCUCCAGCCAGUGUUCAGUGUCGAAGGUCCAAACUCAAAUUUUAGAUGAGCUCAAACUGAAAGGUGAUGGUAAUGUGGGAAACCAAAGUGGUAUAAUUCAUGACUUUCUGGAGAAUAAAAGCUUUCUGUUACUGUUGGAUGACCUUUGGGAAAGAAUUGAUCUGGAAACAGUUGGCUUGCCACUUCCCCUUGGAAUUGAACCUUUGAGCAAACUCAAGAGAAAAGUUGUGCUCACAACAAGAUUUACAUCCGUUUGUGGUGGGAUGGAGGUGAAAAAACAGAUUCAAGUUCCAUAUCUGCAGGAGAUUGAGGCAUGGGAGCUAUUCAGAGAGAAGGUCGGAGACGAAACUAUUUUUUCUCCUGGUAUUGAAGAUCGUGCAAGAAUACUUGUGACUGAAAUGAAGGGCUUGCCUUUAGCUUUGGUAACUGUGGGAAGGGCAAUGUAUGGAAAAUUUCGUCCGGAUCAAUGGGAUUCUGCCAUCCAGCAUAUGAAAAAGUCAUGCUGCAUUGACACAAAUGAAGACCCACUGAAGAUGGAGGAAGAAGUUUUCAGAAAGAUCAUGUUUAGCUAUGAUAACUUGAAAAGCGAGAGACUGAAGAACUGUUUCUUGACUUGUGCACUAUGGCCAGAGGAUCAUAAGAUUCAUAGGGAAGAGCUCGCUCAAUGCUGGAUUGGCUUAGGUCUAGUGGAUGUGGGGGACAUACAAAGUCCCUACACAAAAGCUUAUAGUCUGAUGAGCGACCUUACAGGUGCAUGUCUGUUAGAGGGCGUUGGAGAAUUGAAUUAUCGUGUCAAACUACAUGAUGUGAUUCGUGAUAUGUCUUUAUGGAUCUCUUGUGGCUGCGGUAAGAACAAUGGCAAGUGGUUUGUCAGUGCUGGAGUUGGGCCAGAUGAAAAUUUUGGCAUCCCUUGGAGGAGUGCAGAAUACAUUUCAUUAAUGUUCAAUGACAUGAAGAAACUUCCUUCUGUUGGUUAUCCGCUGGAACUGAGGGUGUUAUGCCUUCAUAGAAAUAAUUUGGAUGAAACAAUAAUAGGUGGAGUACUUGUGAAUUGCACUAAACUGACAUAUCUGGACUUGAGCAAUAAUGAACUCAAGGGGAUACCUGAAAGCUUAUGUCACCUGACAGAAUUGAAGCAUCUCGAUUUGUCAUUUAAUGGAGGGAUACAGGAAGUGCCUCACAGCUUUGGAAACCUCAUUAAGCUCAAGUUCAUGUACCUGCAGCGCACUCGCAUAAAUAUAAUACCAGAGGAGGUCAUAUCUAGACUUGAAGCAUUGGAAAUAAUACACGUGGAUCUUAUGUGGGUGUCUGAUUCUAUCAGAUCUAAUGUAUUUAGAGAGUUGGGCACACUUAAUCACUUGAAAGUUGUUGGUACAUCAGUAGGACUUCUGGAUGCAUGGACAUCACUUCAUGAUGUGGCUGACCUACCCAUCCGGUCUUUAAGUCUGGUACCAUCUGCUAAAAAAGGGGAAUUCCAUCUCUAUGAUAUUCUAUCAUUGAACUUCGCACAAACGACCUUGUGUGAACUGACUAUUGCAGGCGACAUAGAUGCGAUAGAUAUAACAUUAAUACAGAGGCCUGGACAACAACCCUACAGUUUUGGUAUUCUCAGUGACCUGACCAUGAUUCGUUUGGAAGCACUGACAACAGCAAAAUGGAUGGGAACAUCUCCAGCAUCUGUAUUUCCAAGACUCACUUGUUUGACAGUGAUAGCCUGCACCAAGCUAGAGCACCUGUCUUGGGCGAUGUAUCUGCCUUGCCUUGAAAAACUCGAUGUACGAAUCAAUGAUAGCAUGCACAAGGCUUUUACAAGUUAUCAUGCUGACAACGUGUGGAGUGGACAAGAGAGUUUCCAGACAUUUCCUUGCCUCAAGCACAUUUUUCUUUGGGUCUGCAAUUCGCUGGUCACUAUUGCAGAUCCCAAUGUGACAUUCCCAUCCCUAGAGGUGCUGAAGAUUGAAGGUUGUCCGAAGCUGAAGAAGCUUCCUUUUGACAUGGUCAGCUUGCCACAAAGUCUGAAGGUUCUACAUAUGGAUACAAAAUCCUGGGAGCAAUUGGAACUGGAAGAAGGUGUCAAAUAUUUCCUUCAACCCAAGCUUCGUAUAUCUAAAUAACAUGAGCAAUCUGUCGAUUCCAUUCCAUGUUUCUAUCUGGGCUCAAACAAAGAUAGGCAAAGGUAUCAUCAUCUCGUCUGGAAGUGUUACCAGGCAUGUGUUGUGUUGUGUCUUUGCUCUGCAUUUUCCUUUCCCUCUAUUUGAGGUUCAGUUUCGUCAGGUCCUAUGUUGUGAGCUGGACCAAAGUAUUGCCACUGACGUGAUGUGUUCUUUUCGGGGUUUUUUUUUUUGAAUCCAAAUAGCAAAGGUUUGUGUGU